GGGCCGGGCGGGUUCCUCGCCGCUGACGCCGCGCUCUCCCGCAGGUACGUGCUGUGCGAGGUGGUCUCGGAGGACCCGCGGUGCCGGCAGUGCAUCGAGGACCGCGCCGUGGGCCUCGCCGUCAGGGACGCCAUCGGGCGGGUGCACGGGGACUACGGCCUGGCCUGCUGCUCCAUCUCCUUCACAGUGAAGUACCUGAACGCCUACACCGGGACGGUGCUGCUGCGGUGCCGCAAGGACUCCUACCGGCUGCUCUGCUCCGCGCUCCCCUUCGUGAGGCAGCUGGAGAGCCGGAACCAGCGCUACCCCUGCUUCCUCAACACCCUGCACGUCGGAGGCACCAUCAGAACGUGUCAGAAGUUUCUCAUUCAGUAUAACAGAAGACAGCUGCUGAUGUUGUUGCAGAACUGUACAAACGAAGAGGAAAGACGGUGUAUACAGAAGUCGGUGUUGAGCUGUUUCCUUACAGAAGAGCAGUCUCAAAGCGGAGAUGAGGAAGAUGAUGAUGGCACAGAGACAGACUGAACAUUACCAGUUACUGUUCACCUCUGUCCUGUACUUGUGUAAUCAAGAUGUUACCAGUUAAUCUUCAGUGUUAAGCAAAGCAGGGGACAGAAAAAGCAUCUGUUCACAUUUAGACUUCAUUCCCCCAUUCUGAGUGUUCUUAAAUAAAUUUAAAAA